AUGGAGGGGUGGGCCGCCGGUGGACCCGUGAGCGCGCGCAGGGGGGUGACGGGCGCCCCGCUGGAGAAGAGGGGCGGCGGCGGCGCCCGGGCCACAGCUCCAGAGCAAGCCCCGGCCCCACCCCGGCCGUACCAGGGCGUGCGGGUGAAGGAGCCAGUGAAGGAGCUGCUGCGGAGGAAACGUGGCCACGCCAGCAGCGGGCCUCCGGUGGCACCGACCGCGGUGGUGCUGCCCCAUCAGCCCCUGGCGACCUACACCACAGUAGGUCCUUCCUGCCUUGACAUGGAGGUCUCUGCUUCCACAGUGACGGAGGAGGGGGCCCUGUGUGCCGGCUGGCUCUCCCAGCCCGCCCCGGCCACCCUCCAGCCCCUGGCCCCAUGGGCACCCUAUACGGAGUAUGUGUCCCAUGAGGCUGUCAGCUGCCCCUACUCAGCUGACAUGUAUGUGCAGCCCGUGUGCCCCAGCUACACGGUUGUGGGACCCUCCUCGGUGCUGACCUACGCCUCCCAGCCGCUCAUCACCAAUGUCACGACAAGAAGUGCUGCCACACCCACAGUGGGACCCCAGCUGGAGGGCCCAGAGCACCAGGCACCUCUCACCUAUUUCCCGUGGCCUCAGCCCCUGUCCACGCUGCCCACCUCCACCCUACAGUACCAGCCUCCAGCCCCAGCCCUGCCGGGGCCCCAGUUUGUCCAGCUCCCUAUCUCUAUCCCGGAGCCAGUCCUUCAGGACGUGGAAGAUCCCAGGAGAGCCAUCAGUUCCCUGACCAUCGACAAGCUGCUUUUGGAGGAAGAGGAUAGCGAUACCUAUGCGCUCAACCACACGCUUUCCGUGGAAGGCUUUUAG